CCAUUUUAUUCAAGAUGGCGGCGCCCGUCUGAAAGUGAGCGUCUGCACGUUGAUAUGCUCAUUCUGGUGCCUUUAACAAGUUAAAUCUCACAUCAACGCAAAGGGAACGGACAAGAUGCAAGUCUCUACUCCAAACAACGUCAAAAUUUACAACUUGAUCGCAGGGAAGACCCUGCCUGAGUGGUUAACGGACAGGAAGAAGAGAGAUCUCCAGAAGAAAGAUGCAGAUAUCCAAAGAAGAAUACAGCUCAUUCAAGACUUUGAGAUGCCAGCAGUCAGUAACUGUGUCAGGAGCUCCAGAGAUGGACAGUACCUCAUGGUUACAGGAACCUACAAGCCCAGAGUGAGGUGCUAUGAAGUUGCACAGAUGUCCAUGAAAUUUGAGAGAGGCUUGGAUGCAGAAGUGGUGACCUUUGACAUCUUGUCAGAAGACUAUUCAAAGGUGGUGUUUCUCCACUGUGACAGAUAUGUGGAGUUCCAUGCUCAGUACGGCAGGUAUUACAGGACCAGGAUACCCAAGGUGGGGAGGGACUUCUCCUUCCACUACCCUUCAUGUGACCUCUACUUUGUUGGAGCAAGUCGGGAGGUUUACAGACUUAAUCUAGAACAGGGCAGGUUUCUCAACCCUCUUGUCACCAAUUCUGUAGAGAGCAAUGUGUGCGACAUUAACCCAGUACACCAUCUGUUUGCCUGUGGAACAGUAGAGGGUAGAAUAGAGUGUUGGGACCCCAGAGUCAGGAGUCGAGUGGGAGAAUUGGACUGUGCUUUAAGUAGCAUCACAGAGGACACCAUGGUUGAAGGUCUGCCAGCUAUCUCAGCCCUGAAGUUCAAAGACGGCCUGACUAUGGCAGUGGGCACCAGCACAGGACAGAUCUUGCUGUACGACAUCAGGUCCAACCGCCCUGUCCUGGUGAAAGACCACCACUAUGGCCUGCCCAUCAACUCCAUAGAGUUCAACGACCCCCAGGACCUGGUACUGUCCACCGACAGCAAGAUCCUCAAGAUCUGGAACAAGCACACAGGCAAAGCCUACACCUCCAUCGAGCCGGAGAGUGAGAUCAACCAGCUGCACGUGUGGCCAGAUUCAGGCCUCAUCUUCAUGGCAAACGAGGCUCCAAAAAUCCUGACAUACUUCAUACCUUCUCUGGGCCCAGCCCCCAGAUGGUGCUCCUUCAUGGACAACCUUACCGAAGAGUUGGAGGAGAUGGAAGCUCCCACAGUGUAUGAUGACUACAAGUUUGUCACAGACACGGAUCUGGAGAAUCUAGGAUUGGCUCACCUGAUUGGCUCGCCACUCCUCCGUGCGUACAUGCAUGGUUACUUCAUGGAUAUACGUCUGUACCAGAAGGCCAAGACCAUCGCAGAGCCGUUCGCUUAUGAAGAAUACAGAAGGAACAAGAUCAGACAGAAGAUAGAGGAGACAAGAGACAGCAGAGUCAAAAUUAACAAACUGCCCAAAGUUAACCGUGACCUCGCUCAAAGGCUUAUUGAAGAAGAGGACAGCAAAGGAGAAGGCAAGAAAAAGAAGGCAAAGGAAGCGUCCAGUCUUCUCCAGGAUGACCGUUUCUCGGCGCUGUUCUCCAACCCAGAGUUCCAGGUGGACACGGGGACGGAGGAGUUCCGGCUGCUGAACCCGGUCGUCAAGCAGCAGAAGAAGAAGAAGAGGGAGAAGAGGGAGAAGCUGGAGGACCAGUUCCAGGAGGUGGAGGAGGAGGAGGAGGAGGAGGUGGAAGGGCGUGGCAGUGAUGAAGACAGCAGCUCCUCAGAAGAUGACCGUGACCUUGUGGAGGAGUUGCGGAGACAACAUCGGGACAUCAGGAGAGAGAGGGCACUCCAACACAGGGCAGAGAGGGAGAGGGAUGCUGCCACAAAUCUGACUCCGAAGUUCUAUGAGCUGAAGAUGGGGGAGGAGUUCCUGAAGGAUGGGAAGGACCAGAGGAAGGACAGUAAGAGGAAGGUGAAGGCCAGUCUGGGGGAGCGUGUCCAGCUUCAGGAGGAGAACGACAAGAUGCUGAGGCUCAGUGGACAGGCCGUGGGGUCAAAGGAGCUGACCUUCAGCCUGAGAAAGGUGGAGAAACCGCGAGAAACCCAGCGCAAAUUAGACGAGGCCCAGCACAGGUUAGAGAGGAAAGAGGUGCGCAGGUCUGCUGGACAGUACCUCAAGAAACCCAGGACAAAACCUGGGACUUUCUGGAAGGGCAAGAAGAAGAAAUAGUCAUUUAUGCCUUGUAAUUGUGAUAAAUUAUAUCUCCUGAGAUAAACACCACAUUUCCAUACUGUAUAGAUAGCAGAAACUAUUUGCCAAACACUACAGCAAAAUAAGAAGUGUUUUUUGUACUGAAGACUUAAUUUGUUUAAACUGAAUCAUGGCUUUUUUGUGUCUUGAAACUAUUUUAAUGAGUUGAAAGGAAAGUGAAUAUUUUAUUGAGAAAUUGGAUUGGAAAGUUUAACUCAGAUCUAACAUUAAAAGAAUUAUUGGGAAAUUCACAAGAAGAACUGUUGAUAAAAGUGUCUACCUCCAGUUGCAUACACAAUGUAAUAUGUUUCAUAUUGAUUAUCAAAAAUUACUGCCAGAAAUGUA